AUGGUAGAAAAUGUUGACUUUGUCAUUUGUUUACUAGCUUUGCUAAGUUUGAAUGUUGAAGUGCAAAAAACACUUAAGAAGCCCAAGUCUAGCCAAGACGGUGACAGUUCGAAAAUUUUCAAGCACAAGAAAUAUCGAGAAUGCAUAAGAAAACUCGAUCUUGUAAAUGACACACUAGUAGAGCUCGGAAUAUCUAAAGAGUAUGACAAAGAACGAACAAUGAUAAAAUGGUCAUUGAUAUCGUGGUUUAUAAUAGUAUGUUUGACAAAUACUUUCGACGGUUUAUUGUUUCUGACGCAGAAUAAUAUGAAAGUAUCUGAUUUGAUUAUACCUUGGAUUCUACAGUAUUCUGUACAUAUCAAUACUUUGCAUGACUUGACAAUUAUGUAUAUGUUAAGAUAUAUCGGUAAUAGGUUGGAUAAAAUAAACGACCAUAUUGUGCAACUCUCAGAGAAUGAAAACUGUGGGUUAAGAUGCAUGUGGAAAAAGUCUCUUACUGUCAGUCGUCGUUAUGGUCGAAACACAGAAUAUCGCAAGCAUGUGUUGUGGACUGCAAUGCAUCUUCAUUUUGAACUUUGUUGGAUAGCUCGUAAUAUAAAUUUUUUCUAUGGAGUGCAAAUGACUGUGCAGAUGGCAUCUUAUUUUGUCGGUUUCCUGACAUUAUUAUAUUUUCAAUAUCGUUCACUAUUAUGUCUCUUUCACGUAUAUGAGAGCAAUAAAACGAUAUGGAUGCUUGCACUUUCUACUGACAUGUGGACUAUUUUUUUUUUAGUUAAAUUUGUAUCAUUAAAUCACAUCUGUGAAAGUGUUUGUUACAAGGCAGAAAAAACCAGAACUGUGAUUCAUAGAUUGACAAAUCUUCUUUAUUUUGCGAAUAUGCACGAUAUGAUUUAUCAGUUUGGUCUGCAAAUAUUGCUUCACCCACUGAAGUUCAGCGGAAUGGGUUUAUUUUAUUAUAGCUACAAAUUUAUCCGCUCG